AUGUCAUCAAUUCGAGUUGUUUUUGGUAUUGCAGCCGGUUUGAAUUUGGAGAUUGAACAACUUGAUGUAAAGACAGCCUUCUUGCAUGGCGACUUGGAAGAGGAGAUCUACAUGGAGCAACCAGAGGGCUUAAAAGGAAGUGGCAAGGAAAAUCUUGUAUGCCGUCUCAAGAAGAGUUUGUAUGAGUUGAAACAGGCACCAAGACAUCGUGAUACUGUGAAGAUUGACAGGCUGAAAAGAGAGUUAAAUAAAUCCUUUGCAAUGAAGGAUUUGGGUCCGGCUAGACAAAUAUUGGGACUGAAAAUCUCACGAGACAGACUAGAUAUUACUCAUGCUUUUGGAGUAGUCAGUCGGUAUCUCUCUAAUUCUGAUGGGUACACCGAUGCAAAUAUUGCAGGUGAUCUUGACAAUAGAAAAUUCAUCUCUGGGUACUUGAUGAUUUUUGUAAGGGGAGCAGUAUCAUGGCAAAGCAAGAAGCAGGUUUGGUGGAACUUUCCAAAUGAGCUGGACGGGGAGAUUGUUGGAGAAAUUUGUCCUGGGCUAAUUCUGAUAUUGUGUGCCUGUAUCGGUACCCCUUUCCCAACAUACCUUUGGCAACUUUCCAAAGUAUAUGGUCCUCUUAUGUCUCUUAAGCUUGGAUCCUUUCCACUGCUUGUGGUUUCAUCCGCAAGAAUGGCUGAAGAAGUUGUGAAAAACCAUGACUCGACAUUUUCUAGUCGCCCACUGCUCCUAGGUUCCCGAAUGCUUUCUUACAACGGCUUGGAUAUCGCCUUCUCUCCAUACAGCGAGCAAUGGAGAGAGCUGAGAAAGAUUUCUGUUCUUCAUCUCUACAGCAACAGAAGGGUGCAGUCAUUUCGUGGUACUCGUGAAGAUGAAGUCUCUCGGAUGAUCAGAACUAUAUCCAAGGAAGCGUCUUCAUCUCAAGUGACGAAUUUGAGUAAGACUUUACUGUCACUUACAAGUACGCUUAUCUGUAGAAUUGCUUUCAGAAAGAGGUAUGAUGAGGAAGAUCAACAAAGAAGACGAUUCCAUGAUCUCCUCCAAGAAAUGCAGGCCGCAUUCGUGGGUUUCUUUUUCUCAGACUAUAUUCCUUCAAUUGGUUGGCUUGAUAGCCUCAAUGGGAUGCGUUCUCGACUUGAGAGGACUUGCAGUAAGUUAGAUUCAUUUCUUCAAGAACUCAUCAAUGAACACUUAAAUCCAAAUAGGCCAGAGUCCAUGAACGGUGAUAUCAUUGACAUCAUGCUUCAAUUACGGCAAGAACAAUCAACUUCCUUUGAUCUAACGCUAGAUCACAUCAACGCAAUGCUCAUGGAUGUAUUUAGUGCAGGGUCGGAUACUAUUGCAGCUACAAUAAUGUGGGCAAUGGCAGCACUGAUGAAGAGCCCUGAAGCAAUAUUGAAGAAGGCACAAGCAGAGAUUAGAGGUGCAGUUGGAAAUAAAGAUAUAGUAAACGAAGAUGAUAUUCAAAAGCUCCCUUAUCUCAAGGCAAUUGUCAAGGAGACCUUCAGAUUGUAUCCUCCAGCUCCACUUUCAGUUCCAAGACAGACACUAGCAAAUUGCAUUAUAAAUGGUCAUGAAAUCCAGUCCAAUUCUAUAGUUUACACAAAUGUCUGGGCGAAUGGAAGAGAUCCCAAGGAUUGGGAAAAUCCAAAUGAGUUUUUGCCUGAGAGAUUCUUAAAUAUUAGUGUAGAUAUGAAAGGGAAAGACUUUCAACUGAUACCAUUUGGGGCUGGCCGAAGGGGCUGCCCUGGAUAUUCUCUGGGACUAGCAAUGGUGGAAGUUGGACUUGCCAAUCUUCUGUACUCUUUUGACUGGGAAUUGCCUUCUGGGAUCAAGAAAAAAGACAUUGAUACUGAAGUUUUACCGGGUCUUACAAUGCUUAAGAAAAAUGAUCUGCUACUUGUCACAAAAAAUGUGUAUGCGCAGCAAGUGUCAAGUUCUGGCAUCUAAAUACUUG